CGUCUCCAAAGGUCAACUUUCUCAGGAAACAGGUGAUGAUGCUAUCACACGUCUAAAAGGCUCACUGGAUUUGAAAGAUUUUCAAUCAGUGGAUAUUGUUAUUGAGGCUAUCAUGGAAUCUGAAGACGUGAAGAAAAAAUUGUUUGUGGACUUGGACAAGAUUGUGAAGAACUCUGCAAUCUUGGCUUCUAACACUAGCUCUAUUUCCAUAACUCGUUUGGCAUCAGCAACUAGCCGACCGAAACAGGUGAUUGGCAUGCAUUUUAUGAAUCCUCCUCCACUUAUGAAACUGGUUGAGAUCAUCAGGGGUGCUGAUACAUCAGAUGACACAUAUGAUGUAACUAGGUGCUUGGCAGAAAGGUUUGGCAAGACAGUUGUUUGCUCCAAGGAUUAUGCGGGCUUUAUUGUAAAUAGAAUCUUGAUGCCAAUGAUAAAUGAAGCAUUUUAUACACUUUACAAUGGAGUUGCAACAAAAGAAGACAUCGAUACAGGGAUGAAACUCGGGACUAACCAUCCAAUGGGUCCUCUGGAACUAGCAGAUUUUAUAGGGUUAGAUGUUUGCUUGGCGAUUUUAAAAGUACUGCAUACUGGUCUGGGGGACACUAAAUAUGCUCCGUGCCCUCUCCUUGUGCAAUAUGUUGACGCAGGCAGGCUGGGAAGAAAACGGGGCAUUGGUGUAUAUGAAUACCUUCUUGCACCGAGAGGCAUCAAGCAUUCUCCUCGCCUCUGAACUAGGUGCUCCAACGAUUUGUAUUUCGACAAAUAGUAACAUGGAUUCCAACGAUUUACCCUUUCCAAAUGCAGUGUGUGCAUGGAAGGGAUGGUACAAUAAAAGUGACACUGAAAUAGUUCACUAUGAAGUUCUAUGUACAAGUGGUGCUGAGUUGCUGGGUUUAUCGAGGUUGAAGAUGCAAUAAUGUGGGAUGCUGUUAAUGCUGUUUCUAUCUACUGCUGACGUGUUGCUGGGUAAGGCUCACAUAUCUUAUUAUUUGAAGCGAAUAGUAAUCUGUUGUCGCAUUUUUAUAAUCUUUUAUUUAGUUUUUGCAUGUGAUUCAACAGAACGUUUAAUGUAAUUUCAAAUGUGUAAGAUUGAACUACUGAUACUUAUUCAAAUGUGACUAGCUAGAAACGUAAGUAACUAACAUACAUUAAAGAUCAUCAUCAUAACUCCUGUGCCCCAAAGGCCAAAGGCUUCCACCUAUGAUGGGGUAAGAGGGGGUCGGAUGUACGCAGUCUAACCAGACACGGACCCUGUGCAACGGUGAAAACUGGCUCUUUUAGUAAAAAAUAUAAUAUAUUUUGCACUCUAAAAAUAAUAAAUAACAAUUACAUUAUGUCAAAUUAUGGAUUAUUAAUAAACAAAGCAGUCAAAAUAAAAGUAUUUGUUAACAAAUUACACUUGAUUUUAAAAUCCAUACUCAUUUCUUUGAGAAAAAUUUCAAUGAGUUGUAAUCAAUGUUGUAAAAAGCACAAGGCAUGUCAAUGCGGCAUGACUAAGUCUUAAGCCAUUUAAG